AUGGAGUCCACUCAAGAUGCCGCUGCUGCGCCAAACGCCUAUGUCCGCGCGACAGAGACGGCCAAAUACGUUCGCUCUCAACUACCCGAGACGCUCCAAAAUCCAAAGGUAGCCAUCGUGUGCGGUUCGGGCCUAGGUGGACUUGCCGACACCAUCGAGCCAGAGCCCAAGGUCGAGUUGGCAUACGGCACAAUUCCACACUUUCCUAAGAGCACAGUUCAGGGCCAUGCGGGCAAGUUUGUCUUUGGUCACAUUGGGCCUCAGAAAACACCAGUCGCACUUUUGGUUGGACGCGCACAUUUCUAUGAAGGACACUCCAUGGACUUGGUCACAUUCGCUACCCGCGUGUGCAAGAUGCUUGGUGUCGAAACCAUGAUUGUCACAAACGCAGCUGGUGGUCUCAACCAGACUUACCGCGUGGGAGACAUUGUGUGUCUAAACGACCAUCUCAACAUGGCUGGGCUUGUUGGAUUCCAUCCGCUGCGUGGCCCCAACAUUGAUGAGUUUGGUGUACGAUUUCCACCACUAUCAGACGCCUACGACCUCGAUUUGAGGAGAAGAACGCACAAAGCUUGGGUCAAGCUAGGCCUUGACCAGCAACAGAGACGUCUACACGAAGGCGUAUAUGCAUUCGUUGCAGGACCAACUUACGAGACCCGCGCAGAGUGCCGGAUGCUGAGCAUGCUAGGGGCUGAUGUCGUUGGCAUGUCGACUGUGCCAGAGAUCAUCGUCGCCAGACAUGCAGGAAUGCGUAUUCUGGCGUUCAGUCUAGUCACAAAUGUCGCUGUCCUUGAAGCAGGCUCUUGUGGAAAUGAUGCCACAAUUCAGAACAUGAACAGGGCGCAGCUGACCGAACACCUGAGCCAAGGCAAGGCAAACCACGAAGAGGUGUUGGAGGCUGGACGGGAGGCGGCCAAGGACAUGCAGGCUUUGGUCAAGCAGAUCCUUUCCGACCUAGACGAGGAAUAG